UUAUGAAUGAGGAUGAGAAGCAGUGAGGAAGCAUGCCCAGGCCCAGCCUUCCCACCCCAACCACUCACUCAUUGUCCAAGCAGAUGUUUCCACAGAAGGUCCAGCAACAGCUCUCCAGAGAAGUCUGCGCCAGACUUAGAGCUCACCGCUCUGCUAGAGUCAUGGCCACCCAGGCCCUGCUGCCCCUCCUGCUCCUCUCUGUACAGCUGCUGCAGGCCCAGGGAGGGCUCUAUAACCGGAAGGAGAUGCAGAAAACAACGCUACCCAGAGAAAUCAAGGCCUGUGAGAAGCUCACCAACAUAUAUAUGUGCAGACGCCCAUGUGCAUAUCACCAAGAGUGUCAAGCAAAUAACAUAUGCUGUACAACCUUCUGUGGGAACGUUUGCAUGAGCCUCGAGUGA